AUGGCCGACUACGAGGACGAGUACGACUACGAAAACUACGGCGAGGAUGAGGAGGAGGGCAUCACCCCCGAGGACUGCUGGACCGUCAUCUCGUCCUUUUUCGAGACCAAGGGCCUCGUCUCCCAGCAGACGGACUCGUUCGACGAGUUCACCCAGACGACUAUUCAGGACCUGGUCAACGAGUACUCGACGAUCCAGCUCGACCAGCCGAACCCGCCCUCGCCCAACGGCACCAAGAUUGCCCUGCGCCGAUAUGAGAUCAAGUUUGGCCACGUCAUGGUCUCGCGCCCGACUAUAUCAGAGACGGACGGUACCGUGACGUCGCUGCUCCCGUACGAGUGCAGAGACCGCAACUUGACGUACGCCAGUCCGCUGUACAUCAAGAUCACCAAAAAGGUCCACGCCGCCGUCGAGAAGGAGGUGCCCCUCCACGAGAUGACCGAUGCUCAGCAGGACGAGAUGGCCAAGACUGGAAAACCUCCCACGACCCUCAUCUGGGAGGCCGAGGAGACGGGCGAGGAUGCCGAGGAGGAAGACGAUGAGCAGAAGCACCCGGGCAAGCCAGGGAGCUGGAAGAACAUGGUCUUUGUCGGCAAGUUGCCCAUCAUGGUCAAGUCCAAGAUCUGCCACUUGAGCCGCGAGUCCGACGAGAACCUCUUCAUGGUCAACGAGUGCCCUUACGACCAGGGUGGCUACUUCGUCAUCAACGGCAGCGAAAAGGUGCUCAUCGCCCAGGAACGGUCCGCCGCCAAUAUUGUCCAGGUCUUCAAGAAGGCCCAGCCGAGCCCCUACACAUACACGGCGGAGAUUCGAAGCGCGUUGGAGAAGGGAUCCCGCCUCAUCUCCAGCCUCAUGCUGAAGCUAUAUGGCAAGGGCGACUCUGCUCGCGGUGGCUUCGGCCAGACCAUUCACACCACACUGCCCUUCGUCAAGUCUGAUCUGCCCGUCGCCAUCGUCUUCCGAGCCUUGGGAGUCGUGUCCGACGAAGACAUCCUCAACCACAUUUGCUACGACCGCAAGGACAGCCAGAUGCUGGAAAUGCUGCGUCCGUGCAUUGAAGAGGCGUUUUGCGUCCAGGACCGAGAGGUGGCCCUCGACUUCAUCGGCAAGCGUGGCAACCGAGACCAGGCCGGCCUCGGCCGUGAGAAGCGCGUGCGCGUGGCUAAGGACAUCCUGCAAAAAGAGACGCUUCCUCACAUUUCCCAGGCCGAGGGCAGCGAGACGAGAAAGGCCUUCUUCCUCGGCUACAUGGUGCACAAGCUGCUGCAGUGCGCUCUUGGCCGACGCGAGCCUGACGACCGCGAUCACUUCGGCAAGAAGCGCCUCGACCUGGCCGGUCCCCUGCUAGCGAAGCUGUUCCGUGGCAUAAUGCGCCGCAUGAACACUGAGCUCGCAAACUACCUGAGGCGAUGCGUCGAGGGCAACCGGCACUUCAACCUGGCGGUCGGCAUCAAGCCAGGCACGCUGUCCAACGGCUUGAAGUACUCGCUGGCUACUGGCAACUGGGGUGACCAGAAAAAGGCCAUGAGCUCCACUGCUGGUGUGUCGCAGGUGCUCAACCGUUACACAUUUGCCUCGACCCUGUCGCAUUUGCGGCGAACCAACACGCCCAUCGGUCGUGACGGCAAGCUGGCCAAGCCCCGCCAGCUGCACAACACGCACUGGGGCCUCGUCUGUCCGGCUGAGACGCCAGAGGGACAGGCUUGCGGUCUGGUCAAGAAUCUGUCUCUCAUGUGCUACGUCAGUGUCGGCUCGCCGGCGGAGCCGCUCGUCGAGUUCAUGAUCAACCGAGGCAUGGAGGUGGUGGAGGAGUACGAGCCGCUGAGAUACCCCCACGCGACCAAGAUCUUCGUCAACGGAGUCUGGGUUGGCGUGCACCAAGACCCCAAGCACCUGGUGAGCCAGGUGCUGGACACGCGGCGGAAGAGCUACCUCCCGUUCGAGGUGUCCCUCAUCAGAGAGAUCAGAGACCAAGAGUUCAAGGUCUUUUCCGACGCGGGACGAGUCAUGCGCCCCGUCUUCACUGUGCAGCAGGAAGACGACCACGAGACGGGCGUGGGCAAGGGACAGCUGGUGUUGACCAAGGACCUCGUCAACAGGCUUGCCAAGGAGCAGUCCGAGCCGCCAGAGGACCCGAGCAUGAAGCUGGGCUGGGAAGGCCUGAUCAAGGCUGGUGCGGUGGAGUACCUGGACGCGGAGGAAGAGGAGACAUCCAUGAUCUGCAUGACGCCCGAGGACCUGGAGCUCUACCGCCUCCAGAAGGCCGGCGUUGCAGUGGACGAUGACCCUGGCGAUGACCUUAACAAGCGGCUGAAGACGAGGACCAACCCGACGACACACAUGUACACCCACUGCGAGAUUCACCCCAGCAUGAUCCUGGGCAUCUGCGCCAGCAUUAUUCCCUUCCCGGAUCAUAACCAGUCCCCCCGUAACACCUACCAGUCUGCCAUGGGUAAGCAGGCCAUGGGCUUCUUCCUCACCAACUACUCGCGCCGCAUGGACACCAUGUCCAACAUCCUCUACUACCCCCAGAAGCCGCUAGCCACCACGCGGUCAAUGGAGUUCCUCAAGUUCAGAGAAUUGCCCGCAGGCCAGAAUGCGAUAGUAGCCAUUGCUUGCUACUCGGGCUACAACCAGGAAGAUUCCGUCAUCAUGAACCAGAGCAGCAUCGACCGCGGCCUCUUCCGAAGUCUCUUCUUCCGCUCGUACUCGGACCAGGAGAAGAAGGUCGGUCUCAACUACACCGAGGUGUUUGAGAAGCCGUUCCACCAGAGCACACUGCGGAUGAAGCACGGCACAUAUGACAAGCUCGAUGAAGACGGCAUUGUCGCUCCUGGUGUCCGUGUGUCCGGAGAGGACAUCAUCAUCGGAAAGACGGCGCCGAUCGACCAGGAGAGCCAGGACCUGGGUACGCGCACCAUGGUGCACCAGAGACGCGACAUCUCCACGCCGCUGCGAAGCACUGAGAACGGCAUCGUCGACUCGGUCAUCGUCACGGUCAACGCGGACAAUGUCAAGUACGUCAAGGUGCGGGUGCGGACAACCAAGGUGCCGCAGAUUGGCGACAAGUUUGCGUCUCGACACGGUCAGAAGGGAACGAUUGGUGUCACGUACCGACAGGAGGACAUGCCCUUUACGCGGGAAGGCGUCACGCCCGACAUCAUCAUCAACCCGCACGCCAUCCCGUCGCGAAUGACGAUUGCUCACUUGAUUGAGUGUCUCCUUAGUAAAGUUUCCACGCUGGAGGGCAUGGAGGGUGAUGCCACGCCGUUCACCGACGUCACGGUGGACUCGGUGUCGGAGCUGCUGCGCAAGCACGGGUACCAGUCUCGCGGCUUCGAGAUCAUGUACAACGGACACACCGGCCGCAAGCUGAGGGCGCAGGUCUUCUUCGGGCCGACGUACUACCAGCGCCUGCGCCACAUGGUGGACGACAAGAUCCACGCGCGAGCCCGCGGGCCGGUGCAGAUCAUGACGAGGCAGCCCGUGGAGGGUCGCGCGCGAGACGGUGGUCUCCGAUUCGGAGAAAUGGAGCGUGACUGUAUGAUUGCUCACGGUGCCGCGGCCUUCUUGAAGGAGCGACUGUUUGAGGUGUCGGACGCGUUCCGAGUCCACAUUUGCGAGAUUUGCGGACUCAUGACGCCGAUUGCGAACCUUUCCAAGCAGUCGUUCGAGUGCCGGCCUUGUAAGAAUAAGACCAAGAUUGCACAGAUCCACAUCCCGUACGCCGCCAAGCUCCUGUUCCAGGAGCUGCAGUCGAUGAACAUUGCGGCGAGGAUGUUUACGAACCGCUCGGGCGCGUCGGUGCGCUAA